AGUGUCCUGAGAAUUGUAGAAUUUCGAUUGGCGAGAAACAACGACUUGACGGAGUUUCCGCACUACAGAGAGAAUAAUUACACUUAGAGUGUCCAUCAAAGUCAAACAAGAUGCGCCGCCCUGAACUGGCGAGGAAGCUGAGCUUGUGCUCAGCCCUUGCGCUCUUCCCACUAGUACAGUCGGAAGAGACGCGUAAGCGCACAUUAGCAGAUGAGACUCAAUUUGCCUCUGUGCUUGAAGGUGGCGGGUAUGAAGCCGUUGUCUCGAUGGCGCUGCCUUACGCAGGCAUCGAUAUUCCAAUGAAAUUCACGGUCGACUGCACCUUAUGGCUAUAUCGGUAGAGCGUCCUCAACACCAGUGAGUAUCCUUGGCGUCUUUUCUCAAGCGGAACAGGAUUUGUCUUAGGUGGAAACAAAAGGUCAUUUCUCAAGGAGAAAUGAUGCGCUGAAUGCCAUGCUAGAGGAUGCAACUGCUGUAGCUCUAAGCAACAAGCAAAAAGAACAAGUCGACUACUACCAAGGACUGCAAACAGAUUACUACAAUGCGAACGGGAAAUAUAAUUAUGGGAAAGGGACAUUUUUGCGACGAUUGAUUUCCAAGUAUUAAAGAUGGGUGUAAUUUUUGUGCAGAUGAACUUUCUUCCAUACACUUUAGUCACUAUUCGUAUUCCCAUUGGUGGGACUCUCUGUAGAACAACAUAACAAACUAGUUUCCCUUCAUCUAGUACUAGUACAACACAGAUAUCCCCUUUUCUAAUGCCAAUGCUCUUCACCUGGUACUAGUCCAACAUAUCCCCCUCUCUAAUACUAGUACAUAUCCCUCUCUUUUCUAAUACUAGUUAGCGCAUAUCCCCCUUUCUAAUACCCAUACGUCUUCCAGAACAACAAGCGAGCGUGCUUGCACAACGAGGCACCGCACGAUGACGACCGCAUUCCGAAUAAGGAAGCGAAAGAGGUGAUGGAGAAACUGGGCAACAAAGAUGAUGGCAGCCUGAUCCAUCCGUUCCCGGUCGACCUCAAAUCCUACACGCACGAAGGCCCAGCAGUUUAUCAGUUACGAAGGUGAAGAAUAGGGUCAUCGUGAGACGAGAAUUAGAAAUAAGACAACCACCUGUAUCUGCUAUCGGUCAGAUCGCGAUUGUGGUAUUCUCAGAUAAAGGUGAAGACCAUCAUAUAUUUUUUUGUUUUUACGAACGGGUAGUGUGGCUUUUCGAGACAACAUGUUCUGCAUGAAAUGGCAACAUCAUCAUGGAUGAUGUAGAGUGAUGAGAAGAAGUUCUUUUUCCCCUACAUCGUUCUCUAAUGUAAGGCAUCAAAUGCGAGAAAUACACUUCGUCAGCAACGCAUGGGACGACGCACUCGAUGGAUGACGCACUCGUUUUCUACUACGACAACUUGCUGCACAAACCGAUUGCCUGGCAUCAGCACUCUCGGAACAAGGUAAGUAUUCAUAUAUACUGAAUGGCGUUGUGAUCAGCACCCUGCAGGAACAAAGUAUUUGCCUGAUAGCCGGGAGUGAUGUCCAUAGUAUAAUGCGAUAAGUAUUUCUAAGCAAAAACUCGAACCCGAAUCGUCCCAGCCUGUGCGGUUUGGCCGCGGUGCGGUGGACCCUCAACCUUAACCUUAUUUCUAAGCAAACAGAUUAGGGCGUGAGCACUGUAUUAGUAUUUAGAUUUAGAAUCCUUAAGUAGGUGAAAAGAGCCUUUAUUCCUCUAAAAGCAAUUCGCAAAAGAUGAUUCCAGCAUUUCUUUUCUGAAGAUGAACCCCAAACUCCUUAUAUCCCUUUUCCCGCUACAUCUCCAAGGUCUUCGACUCCCACACGGAUGAAUAUCAUGUGCGAUACCUGGAUUUCAAGAAGAUCGACGGCGACGUCCCUAUGGGCGACAUGCCUGAGGAGUGCAAUAAAGUUACGCAGCAAACUCGAAUGAUGUUUAAUUCUUUCACUAGUACAGGACCAUGAGCUCUUUGUAAGGAUAUCCUACGAAGCUGGACUAUCCUGAAACAAGGGAAGGAAUCGUCUCUGAAAACUAAAUAUCGUGGUUUUUUUGCGGGAAAAGGACUAUGGGGUGACUUCGUUAGAGGUAAAGAUAGAUACAUUCACGAGAGUUUACAACUUUAAUAUAAUACAUUCACAAUCAAAAAAUACUUCUAACAAAACAAACGUGCAGACUAUGACAAAGGGUAAGAAGCUGAGCUUUCCUUUACACGCCGUUUUUGGGCAAGCCCACCAUGGAAAGGCAGCACAGCUAGCACGCGAUCAGGCUAAAGAUGGUACUUGUUGGAUUGGUAAUAGUAUUUGUGCUCACUGUUUGAAAUAAUUCUCGUCAAGAUAUGCUAUCAUUUAGAACAAGCUGCCAAAAGCAAAACUUGAGAUUUGUAAUCGUUUUUUCAGCAAAUGGUAAUCCUAUUGAUUCGAAAAAACAAGUGAACCUUCACCCUCACCUUUUUCUCGCCCAAUAAAUCUUUAUCUUUUCGUCAUCCCACUUUGUACCCCCCUCCUCGCUUUCACCAGGUCUGUUGUCAUCUCACUUUGUCGCAUUUGCUCAGAAGCAUGGGUUAACCUACUCGACUGCCGAAGAGUGGUCUCGCCGUGAACGUAUUUUCCUCGCAAACGUGGAGAAAAUCGAGCGAAUGAACAAGGAGCAUAGGCACGAGAAUGGCUCGCAGAGUGCAAGGUUCAAUUAUGGCUGGAAUUCAGGAAGAGGAAAUGGCAAGGGGUAACUUGAGGAAAACAGACGAAAUGAAAAGUGCUUGCUAGACUGUCCCUUAUACAUACCGCUUAACUAAUUCUAGUAAUAAUUGAACCCUAAGCCCUAUUAAGAAGCGUUAGCCCAUUCUCAAGAGAUGAAACUUAUGCAGAACAAAGAGGAAAACAGAUGAUAUUAUAAGUGCUUAGUAGACUGUCUCUGUCAAGAUGAGUGUGCGUGGUCCACAAUGUACAUGAUCGAAUCCGUUGUGCAUGUACAUGAUCGAAUCGAAUUUUCCACAAGCUCUAAUUCAAGGUGAACAAGUUUGCAGCCAUGACGCCCGAUGAAGUGCUUUCCUAUCGAGGCGGUUACCGACCGAGUCCAGCAAAGCUAGCCAAACUCGUGAAAGCAGGAGAAGAACCUAAGUACUUUUUUACUUUUGACGCCAUUCUCUAAGCUUCGACUUCUAAUUGGUCAAUGAAUUUUUUGCAUUAACCUUCAAACUUCUUCACUUCUACAUCAAAACCUUCACCUGUGCCUCAAUUUCGACUCACCUUGAAGAUGAACAUCCACUUCUAAGUCUGACUCAAAGUCUCCACUUUCAUCUCACAGUCUCCACCCCUCCAACUUAGGAUAUCCGCUUUUACAAUCUAAAACCUCCACUUCCCUCUCACAAUAUCGACUCCUACAAUCUAGACUUUCCACUUUUCCAACCCAAUAUCUCCUCCAACAGUUCUUUGGCCUUGGACACGAAGUUCAUGGACAAGGCGGAUUUUGACUGGAGAACGCAUAUGCCUGGAUCGGUAAGCCCGAUCAAAGAUCAGGGCAUUUGCGGCAGCUGCUGGGCCUUUUCCCUCAUUUCUGCAAUCGAAAGCGUCAACUUCAUCAAGAUGGGGAAAGCGGUCUAGUUCUUGAAAGUUUAAUAUCUCACUGUACGUGGCUUUUGCUAUCAUGCAGUUUUUAGGAUCCUCUUUAGGUUCCGUUCGUAAGAGAAUGUUUUCGUGUCUGUUCCCAAAUGAACUCCUACAAUCUAAAACUGGGUUGUUUGUCGUUGUCUGCUUACUCAAAACCAUCUGAGUCUUGGUGCAUCUCUCAAUAAAGCUUGAACAUGGUGAUCAUUAUGUCAACCUCUCAAUAAAGCUCUUGUGAUAGCAUUCUCAGUGCUUCAUGAUUCUAAAUCCUUUUAUUAUCUCAUACCAGGUCAAUCUGCCGGAACAGUUUGUGAUCGACUGCACGUGGGACACGGAUCUGGCCGCAUGCGAUGGUGGAGAGUCGAAUUUAGGGGCUGAGCAGAUCAUCGCCCGUUUCGGAGGCAGGGUCCCGACCACGGAGAGCUACGGUCAGUACCUCACAGUGGACGGCUACUGUCGCGGACACGACUCAGACUUGAUUGUGUUAUGUUGACAAUUGGAUAUUUCUCUAAUAGAUGUGUAUGACCACUAGAGACUAUGCCUCUGCAUGUUUCUAGUAGGGGAGUGGUUCUUGUAGAUUCGGUUUUGUUGAAGUAAUCUGAAUUUCGAAAAAAUGCACAUGAUCGAUGGAUCCAGAAAUGACAACACAAGAAAAAUCCGAUAAACAAUUAAGAAAUUUAGACAUAAAAACGAUUCUGCUUCAGAAAUUUUAAUUUAAGCAGACUAAAAACUAGAAUCCACCUUCGUAUACUCCCUCUAAUCUCCGGCUCCCUGGUGCAACAGUGGGUAUCAGUGCCAAGUCGUGACCAGAGCGCGGUGAUGCGAGCUCUGUUGGAGCAGCCUCUUUCUAUCGCCCUCAACGCAGAACCGUUCCUCUACUAUGACGCAGGAAUCGUGGACACGGCUGAAUGCGAGGCGACUGCGGUAUACUACUUCUGUUUAUGUAACUCAUGACUCCUCGAGCAAAAAUGCAUAGCAGGUUAGUUUUCCCCCGUACUUCUCCCUUCAUGAUGAGCAGCGUAAAAAUGUAUACCGUAAUUCUUGUUUCUACAAAGCUGAACCUUAAUCACGAUUUGAAAGUGAUUUUAUUGUAUGCGUCGCAAUGCAAGCAAUUGCGAUUAGUUAUGGCAAAAACGUGGUUGUUGUGUUCUUGUCACUCCUGAUACAAAAGCAGCAUCCACACUUCUCUUGGUAAGAGAGGUUGCUGAUAACCACCUAAUAAUCAUCAACCUGAUAACAGCAUUCAAACAAUCUGCUUACUACAAUCUACAGCCUAUCUUCAAUUGACAUCUUGCCGUGACAUCUUGUCCCACCCAUUCUUUCAACACUAUCCUUUUCCCAUCAACGCCAUGCUUUCCCAACAACAAUUCUGUGAAACAGCCUUCCGACUUGAACCAUGCGAUUAACCUGGUUGGCUUCGGUACGUGCAAAGAGACGGGUAAGAAGUACUGGACAUUGCGGAACUCGUGGUCCACCUACUGGGGUCAUGAGGGGUACUUCCGUUAAGGCAGAAAUCCUAAUGUAUGUCCGUCUUUAUAGGGAAUAAUGCUUCGGCCUUAGCAUCCACAAGGGGGACGAUAUUACUGUCGUCAUAUUUACAGCGCACUAAUUCUUAUUCUAUUCCAAAUAGACGAAGUAACCCUUAACGGAGGGAACCCUCAUGGCCCACCUACUGGGGUCAUGAGGGGUACUUCCGUUAAGGCAUAAAUCCUAAUGUAUGUCCAUUUCUACAAGGAUGGUCCUUCAACGUUAUCAACCACACGGGGGACGACACUCUACUUAACUAAAGCUAAGGGAUGCAGCCUGCCUCAAAGUCAGAGGUAAAGAACACUCAGGCACUCAGCCAAAGAAUAUUUGUAGUGCAACAACCUCAGAGCAGGUACUUCUAUAUGGGAACCUCUGUGGUGGUAUUUAUAACGAACUAAUUCUUAUUUGAAUUCUAAUCCUACUCACAAUUAACUAUUUCACCAAAAGUAAGAUCUACCCCAUUUAAUUCCGCGUCGUCCGUGGCAAGCGUGACUGUGGAGUGAGUACCGAUGCGGGAUACCCCUUGCUCAAUGCUGUUGGACCGGAAACGAAGAUGAACGCGAAUGAGGUCAGGACAGAAGUUUUCGUGUAGAUGUGAAUACAGAAGUUUUUGUGUAGGUGAGGGCAGAAGUUUUCGUGUAGGUGAAGACAGAAGUUUUCGUGUAGGAGACUUGCACUAGAACUCACAAAUAUAGAGAUUUAUAAAGAUAGUAUACUUUCUGAGGUGUUAAAGAUUUCAUCUAGAAUGUCUUCACCUGGAAGAUCUUGGUCAGCAUGGAGGUGGCUUAUAUCAGAUCUAGAAUGCUAUUGUGUAGAAUGUUUUGGGGGUAGUAUGUGUGAAUUACAUCAUAUUUAUUUGAGAGUUACAGCAUACUUACUGUGAAAAUUUGACAUUAAAGAUUGUAGUUUUCAACAUCUAAUUUUCCAUUGUAGCACUAAGUGUUGUUUUGGUGUUAAAGUUUCCGUGUGAUUCGCACACUCUCUUCCUCUAUUUUUCAUACAGCCGUCAACAUCAAUCGAAGAACCCUUCAGACCAUCGCCAUAGUGUAAUAUAGAAGAGCCCGUACCGUUCUGAUAGGUGAAUAUCCGUAGUAGAAGAUUUUUUCAAUGUGCUUCAAUAGCCAGUUGUUGUUGUUCGAUAGUUAUUGUCCAGUUAUUAUUGUUCGACGUUGUAACGAAUCCUUCAGUCGCGUUUUUGUCGACAGAAUUUAGUAUUCUCCAAGCUCUAAAUUGAAUCAUUCACACCUACUUUGUCUUUCCUCCACUUGCAAAUAUACUCCUCAUCUUUCACCAACGCCGAGUUUCACAGAGUAGAUUACGGCGUAGCACCAACGCCGAGUUUCACAGAGUAGAUUACGGCGUAGCACUCUUGCUCUGACCACUGUGUAUUUAUGAUCGCGUGCGUUAGUAGUUUUUUUCCAAAACUGCUGAAGACAGGUUUUGCACUGAUUUCCAUGAAGAUCCACAAACUUGUAUUGACAUCACAACCUGACACUUGGAUUCGAAGCAGACAGAGUCACAUUUUCACGAAACAUAUAAGAAAAAACAAGUCCCACGUAUGUGACCACAAUAAGACGAGAGAGAGGGAGCGAGCGUUUGUCAACAUCAGG